UAUUCACCGACUGCAAACUAUAUAAUUAAACAUAUCAGUUACGAAUGCAAAGCAAGCCGCCACUCGUAAGCAAAAUUUGGGAGACUGAAAAUCCCCAAAAGAAUACCUAAAGAAUAAAAAAAAUCCAACUUGCUUUUUUUUAACAAGCCCUUGCCAAGUCGUAGGAAAAUUCAUGCAUUACAUGUGAAUUUCAUCGAAACCUAACGACGGCCGCGGCACAUUUUCCUGCAGCAUUCCGAACAUAAAUCAUCGUACCCUCAACUUCGAACAUUAAACGUGGCCUCCUAGACCGAGCUGCCAGUCUUCGAGGCCAUGCUUGACACGAGUAUCGCUGCAUACAGUCUUCCUUUCAUACUAGUGCACUUUCCUUAUAGCGUGGCGCAAUAAUAAUGCGAAUUUUUCUUUUUCUUUUGCGAUCACGUCGCCUCGCAGGAGCAGACGGUGCACUCGAUGUUCAGCUUGCCGCCCUCCACGAACUGGCGGGCGUCGAAGAAGAGGCAGUCCCUGCUGGCCAGGGCCGACUCGACGCUCUCGUGGAGCGAGCGAGGCCUGUCCUUCCAGAUGAGUGGCCAGCGUAUGGAACUACCUCAGGCGGCGGAGAGAGGGGGCGAACCGACGUCGGGCCAGUGGCAGCAUCCUCAGCAACAGCAGCAGCAACCCGUGUACACAUGUCGGUUCUGCUUGGGCACCGACAACCAGAUGAGCAUGGUGAUGCCCUGCAACUGCAAGGGCAACUUCAGCCACGCCCACGCCAACUGCGUUGCAAUCCAGAUAUACCAGAAUCGAGUAUACGCCUGCCACAUCUGCCAUUAUGACUUCAACAUCCGCUGGGACAAUCAGAAGAGCUUCGUCGACUGGCUGCUGGACAGCGACAACCUGGCGGACCACGUGCUGUUCGCACUCAGCGUGCUCUUCACGCUCAGCCUGGUGCUGGUGCUGACGUUCGCCUGGCUCCAGGCGACGCACACGCUGGCGCGUCUCUCCUGGUUGCUGGCCAUGCCUCUCGCCCUUCUGCUGCUGCUGCAGAGCUUCACAUGGAUGGGCUUCGCUUUAUACAGCCUAUGGUUGUAUCGCAAGGCGUAUCUCAUCUGGAAGGUCCAGUCACCACCACCAGCUCUGCGGCAACGGCUGGAGGCACAGGCCCCUGUGGCGUCGGAGCGCCACUGAGGCUGGCGUUCAGUGCGUCGGCCACGAAUCGUCAAGGAUCUUCAGUGCUUUACGCACGUGGUCGCGUGUGACCGGACGCCCGUCGGCGCUUCUCUGACCGCUUCCCGGAGUUUCACGUCGUUAGAGCUCGCUCCCUACAAGCUACCGCAUCCAACGUGAUUUUUUUAUUUUGUGCACUUCCUAUUACGCCUGUACCCAUACGUAAGAGUCAUUAUGAAUAUUAUAGUUAUGUUGUCGUUUUA